GCAGAGACUUCGUGCCGUCAAGAUCGAGCUGAAAGGCCUAUAAAAAAGAAAGUAUAUCGAAAACCGCAAUAAAAGGCAACUGUGUGCUUAACAAUUUUUUUACUGUGCAAAGUGCAGUUCCUUCCUUGUAAAACUAAAAACCAAGAAAUACAAAUUCAUAUCGGUUCGCGCAAGUGCGGCAAAGUGCAAGUGCAAGAGACGCUGAAAGAGCGAUUGAAAGCAUCGAAGAGAGUCUAAAUACCACACAAAAAAAAACGAGAAAGAAAGUUCCACCGCUAAAACCAACAAGAUGACGACCAAAAUGGCAAUUAACGCUAAGGAUAUUUUCCGAAACCAGCACCGUCUGAUCCGCUUCAUUGCCCAGUCGAUCCGGCUGUGCAGCAACCAGUCGCUGAAGGCCGCCCAAGCGGCGCAGCAGCUGCAGCAACAGAAGUCGACGGCGGACUUCCAGAUCACCGCCUCGGUGGACGCCCAACACACCAGUGCCCCGGAGCCCGUGAAGCACGACAAGGAUCUGGGCCACCAGUUCCGUGCCUCCCAGCUUUCCGUGCGCUUGGCCGCUCCGGAGCAACUGCAGCCCAAGCCGGACAACGAUGAGGAGUUGGGCUUCGGGCGCCUGUUCACCGACCACAUGCUCAAGAUCUACUACCACAAGAGCCUGGGCGGAUGGCAGCGACCGGAGAUCACGCCGAUGGAGAACCUGGUCAUGCAUCCGGCCGCCAAGGUGCUGCACUACGCCGUUGAGCUCUUUGAGGGCAUGAAGGCGUACCGCGGCGUCGACGGCAAGAUCCGUAUCUUCCGGCCGGACAUGAACAUGAACCGCAUGAACCUCGCCGCCCAGCGCUCCGGCCUGCCCACCUUCGAGGGCAAGGAGUUCGUCCAGUGUCUGUCCCGCCUGCUGACCAUCGACUCCGAGUGGGUUCCCCACACGGACACCGCUAGCUUGUACAUCCGCCCCACACUCAUCGGCAUUGAUCCCACGUUGGGAGUGGCUUCUUCGGACUCUGCCUUGCUCUACGCGAUCCUCAGUCCGGUGGGCAGCUACUUCAAGACGGGCUCCUCCGGCGCCGUUUCACUCUUGGCCGAUCCCAGCUACGUUCGUGCCUGGCCAGGUGGUGUGGGCAACCGGAAGAUGGGCUCCAACUACGCACCCACUAUCAAUGUGCAGAAGGAGGCGGCGGCUAGGGGACUGCAGCAGGUGUUGUGGCUGUACGGCGAGGAUCACCAGCUUACCGAAGUGGGCACCAUGAACAUCUUCAUGUUCUACGUAAACGAUCAAGGAGAACAAGAACUGGUUACCCCGCCGCUGAGUGGCCUGAUUCUGCCUGGAAUCACCCGCGACUCCAUCCUGCGCAUGACCCGCCAGUGGGGCAAGUUCAAGGUUACCGAGGCGAACAUCACCAUGCCCAUGGUCUGCGAGCUCCUCAACCAGGGAAGGCUACUGGAACUCUUUGGAGCGGGAACGGCGUGCGUGGUCAGUCCGGUGAACCGCAUCAACUACCUUGGCCAGGAUCUGUAUAUUCCCACCAUGGAGCAGGAGAAGCCCGUACACGAGCUGAUCCGCGAAACGCUCACCGACAUCCAGUACGGCCGGGUGGAUCACCCGUGGUCGAUAGUGAUUGACUAAGCGAUCCCAUUUAGAAACCACAUCCACAUCCACACCCACCCACAUCUGUUAUCCUUUCCCCAUCCCUUCCCCGUACCGUGUAUUAGUAGGAUUUAGUUGCCAAGUGUUUUGUGGGUUGCCUAUGUGCUCGAAUUUGUUUCGUUUGUUGUGCAUUUAUCUAUACAUGCAUAUACCGAUAUAUAUAAUAUAUAUUAGGAUAAGUCGAGGGCCGAUUCAUUUAAGUUGCAUUUAAAUGUAUAUUUAUUUAUUUAUGUCAGGAAUUCGAAUUGUACAUAAUUCCAACUGGUUCAAUGUUAUUUAUAGUUCUUUACAUUUUUACAUAUUUUUAGUUUUGUUUUUUUUUUUAUGCAAAAAUCUGUUUUCUAAAGCUAUAAAUCGUCUUUUUGCGCUUUUACUUCCAAGCAGCAUCGAAAGCAAAGCAAAAUUACCAACUACAAAUUUUAGAUUAGGAAAAAGACCAGAAGAAAAAUUCCCAAAAGGACUGUGGAAUAUGAGUUGAAAACGUACCGGAGGCGAAAUGCAUUUAUUAGUGAGUAAGUGAUCGAAGCGUUCUUGGAGGUAAAAGCGGCACGAGAGGCACGAGGGCAGCAGACAGCCAGCUGCGCCGAGCUGUGACUAAAGCUAAUCUAUACCUGAACCCGUCAGUAGAACUUAGGCCUAGGCUGUAGAUCCUAACCCGAAUCAAGCUGUAUACUAUACCUGUAACCUAGAAGUUAAGCGAAUCAUGCGAUGAAUAAACGAUGACAAAAACAA